AUGAGAGUGGCCCUCCUGGCCUUAAGACUGAUGUGCUUGGCGUGGUUGUGGCCUGUCACCCAGCUCAACAGCAGCCACUUCCCGAACAAGAGGAGGCACAAGGAGCUCUACGUCGGGGAGAACACCAAACAAAAGCAUGGAGGACGGGUGGAUCUUAAGAUGAAAAAGCUGGACAGCACCAAGUCUAUGUUAAUUAAGUCUGAGCAGCUGCUUCGGAUUGAAGACCACGACUUUGCAAUGAGGCCAGGCUUUGGAGGUUCAGCGAUUCCUGUUGGCAUCGAUGUCCAGGUGGAAAGCAUUGACAGCAUAUCCGAAGUAAACAUGGACUUCACCAUGACGCUGUACCUGAGGCAUUACUGGCAGGACGACCGCCUGGCCUUCCCCUCCAGCAGCAACAAGAGUCGUACGUUUGAUGCACGACUUGUUAAGAAGAUUUGGGUUCCUGAUGUGUUCUUUGUCCACUCUAAGCGUUCUUUUAUCCACGAUACAACCAUGGAGAACAUCAUGCUGAGGGUUUUUCCUGAUGGCAAUAUCCUCUACAGUGUCAGGAUCACUGUGACUGCACUUUGCUCAAUGGACUUCAGUAGUUUCCCUCUGGACACGCAGAAUUGCUCUCUGGAGCUAGAGAGCUAUGCUUACAAUGAGAACGACCUAAUGCUCUACUGGAAGAACGGGAACGAUUCAUUAAGGACUGACGAGAUCGUGCUCUCUCAGUUUUUUAUUGAAGACUUCCAGCCUUCCUUUGGGCUUGCCUUCUACAGCAGUACUGGUUGGUACAAUCGGCUCUACAUAAACUUCAUUCUCAGGAGGCAUAUCUUCUUCUUCAUGCUUCAGACUUACUUUCCCACCAUGCUGAUGGUGAUGCUGUCCUGGGUGUCUUUCUGGAUAGACAGGAGGGCCGUACCUGCCCGAGUCUCUCUGGGCAUCACCACAGUUCUGACAAUGUCCACCAUCAUCACUGGUGUCUCAGCCUCUAUGCCACAGGUGUCUUACGUCAAAGCCGUAGACAUCUACUUGUGGGCGAGCUUCCUCUUUGUCUUCCUGUCUGUCAUCGAGUACGCUGCUGUCAACUAUUUCACCACAGUGGAGGAGAUGAAGAAGCUCAAGAGAGCAAAGAUACCCAGCUCCUAUAAUGCCACCCAGGCUAUGGCGUUCGAUGGCUGUUUUCACGACAAUGAAAUUGACUUGACUUCUUUUCCUGAGGUUUCCAGCACCCCAAAUACGGAGAGGAACACCCAGGCUCGAAACUCCACCGUCUCUGCACCCACAGAGGGCACCAGGCUACGGCGCAAGCACCCUUUAAAACACAACCUCAGCUUCAUAAUGAGCAACAGCUACAUGAUCGACUCCUACUCCAGAGUCAUAUUUCCCCUGGCCUACCUGCUCUUCAACAUCAUUUACUGGAGUUUGUAUGCAUAGCACAUUAACUCUGCAGCAGAAUAAACAGGAUUGUAUUUCCACAGCUAUACAGUGUAACGCCAACAGGCUGCAAUACGCUCAAAUUUGCACAGUGUCUGCUGAAGAGUGUGGGUAUCUGUUCUACUCAAAGAAGUGUUCAGUUGUGACUUGGAGAAAACCUGAGAUCAGCUGUUGCAUUGAAUGGCUGUUAUUUUUGUGUAUUUUUGG